UGACAAAAUUAAUUUAACUUUAAAACAUAUUACUGGUACAUCUAUUGCUAGAAUGAUAUACGUUGUUGUGGGUGUAUGUGGCUGUGGCAAAACGACUGUGGGAACAGCUCUGGCAGAGAAGCUAGGACUGCCAUUUAGAGAUGCGGAUGAGUUUCACUCCAAAGAAAACAAAGAGAAAAUGUCUAAUGGAAUCCCUCUGACUGACCAGGAUAGACUUCCAUGGUUAUUAGCAAUAAACAAGUACAUGAAAGGAUUGUCAAAAGAGGGGAAAUCUGGUGUUGUUACUUGCUCAGCACUAAAGAAAGUGUACAGAGAUGUCUUGGUAAAUGGUUGUUCAUCUGAGGAUCCGAUUCCUGACAUUUUGUUUGUCCUUUUACAUGGUGACAGGGCGGUGAUCCAGGGCAGAUUAAACAGUCGCUUUGGUCAUUUCAUGCCGCCCUCUCUACUAGACUCUCAGUUAGCUACUCUAGAAAUUCCAACCAUAGAUGAAAAAUGUAUCCAAGUGGACAUCAAAGUGCCUCCAGCUGAAAUUGUGGAUCAAAUUAUCGAGAAAACAAAUCUCUUGCUUUGAUUAUCAUAUUACCAUUCAUUAUGUGGAUUCUAUAAAAGUUUCUGUUAAUAUAGGCAAUUAUUGUAUUGAGAAAUAAAUUUCACUCAUAUGUCACAGAGAACUAGUUUAGAAAUAAGUAACACGCAGUGUUUUCACUUUUUAACUCAAAUCAACGAAAUUGUGAGGAGGUAAUAUGAUGCCCUUUGCGUCAGUGUUUGCUUUGGCUUCCCUGGAGGUUAAAGUUUUUGUGCAAUUUCUUUUUAAGUACGUUUUUGCCCUACAUUAGUCAGAGAUGCAUGUAGGAUGCUUCUACUGAGUUUCAGUUGUACCAGUCAAGGUUUCAGAUGCUGCAAUAUCAGCAAUGGAAUGACCAGAUUAAUGUUUGUGAAGCAGCUAGGUUAAAGUUUUUGUUGCAGGUUAAUGUUUUUUAUGCAAGUCUCAUUUCCAAGUAACUAUGUACUGGUAUAAACUCUAUGCUGAUGAAACUUGCAUGGAUGAUACAUCUAAGGAUGCACACUACCAGGCUUGCUUAGGAUGCUAGAAUCGGACCUGCAUUUUCCAAAUGAGUGAACAGGUUAAAGUUUUUGACACUGGUCUUAUUUCCAAGUAACUAUAAAUCCUAUGUUGACCAAACUUACAUGAAUGAUACAUCUAAGGAUGCAUGUAUACUAAUGUACUUGCUUCGGAUACUGGAUCUGACCUACAUUUUCUGGAUGAGUAAACAGGUUAAUGUCUUUGGAUCAGGUUCAUUCUAAAAUAACUAAAAACAAAACUUGCACGGAUGAUGCAUCUUAAAGGAUGCACAAAAGUGUACUUGCUUUAGAUACUGGAUCUGACAUACUUUUCCAGAUAAUGGAUCAGGUUAAACUUUAGGAUCCGGGUCUAUAACUAAGAAACCAUAUGGCCUAUCUGAACCUUUGCAUGGAUGAUGCAUCAAAGCAUUCAUCUAAAAUCACUCUCAAACUUGCUUCAGAUGCUGGAUUUAGAUUACAUCUUGGGAUGUUCACUACUAGAUUAUUAGCUUAAUGUGGGACUUUGCCUUAGAUCCUUAGGUGUAUCGUCCAUGCAAGUUUGAUCAGCAUAGGGCUUAUACCAGUACAUAGUUACUUGGAAAUAAGACUUGUACAAAAACAUUUACCUGGAACAAAACCUUUAACCUAGCUGCUUCACAAACAUUAAUCUGGACAUCCCAUUGCCUUACCUAAAGACAACAUUCAUUGUCUCUGUAAACUUUGAUUAUUUAUGUUUUUU